CCCAGGCUGGAGUACAGUGGCAGGAUCGAGGCUCACUGCAACCUCUGCCUCCUGGGUUCCAACGACUCUCCUGUCCCAGGCUCCCAAGUAGCUGGGACUUUGGUAGAGACAGGGUUUCACCAUGUUAGCCAGGCUGGUCUCGAACUCCUGACCUCAAGUGAUCCACCCACCUUGGCAAGUGCUGGGAUUACAGGUGUGAGCCACCAUGCCCGGUCUUAA